GACUUCCUUUAUGUCCUGGUCUCAGAGUGUGUGUGUGUGUGUGUGUGUGAGAGGGUCGGUGUGUGUUAUUGAAGAUGAGUGUGUGUAAUCAGUGAGUCAGCUGAUGAUCAAUCCUCUCAGCUGAUGACGUCUCUCUGUGAUUUCCUUGAUUUGUCCGGAUCAGUGAUCUCUGCUGUUACAGUGACAUGAAGCUGCUCACUCCCUCAGCUGUUCAUCAUCAACCCUGCAGCUCUCUGUGAACUCCUCUCAGAUCUCUGAACUCUGAACUCCAGCCUGCUGUCUGUCUGUCUGUCUGUCUGUGGAGGAUCCACGGUGACCAUGUUGGAGCAGUCGAACCGGUGGACUCGGUGGGUCUCUGCGGGGGCUGCGGUGCUCCUGCUCGGACUGCUGGCGUCCUCCUGCCGGGCAGAGGAGGCGUCCUGUCACGGAGCCUACGACCUCUACUUUGUUCUGGACAAGUCCGGAAGUGUCGCCACCGACUGGCAUGAGAUCUACUCCUUUGUGAAGAACCUGACGGACAGAUUCGUGAGCCCCAGGAUGAGGGUCUCCUUCAUCGUCUUCUCGGCGAGAGCGACCGUCCUGCUGCCUCUGACCGGAGACAGAUACGAGAUCCAAGAAGGUCUGAAGCGUCUGCGGGAUGUGAAACCUGCAGGAGAGACCUACAUGCACGAGGGGAUCAAGGAGGCCUCGGCUCAGAUCCAAUCUCAGGGGGUGAAAUCCUCCAGCAUCAUCCUGGCUCUGACGGACGGCAAGCUGGCGGUCUACGUCCACGAGCUGACGGUGAAGGAGGCUGCCGAGGCGAGGAAAUACGGCGCCCGUGUUUACUGUGUGGGAAUCAAAGACUUUGACGAGCAGCAGCUCGCCGAGAUCGCCGACGCCAAGGACCAAGUGUUUCCUGUCAAAGAUGGCUUCCACGCACUCAAAGGCAUCGUCAAUUCAAGUCCGGGUCAGGUGAACUCAAAGGUUUGGUUCUGGGUUUCAGACAGAGAGCCGGGAAACGCUCCCUCAGCUUCUUUUUCUCGUGUUGUGGUUUUAUUACGUGAUCCAUCUGACGGGUUCGUUGUGGUGAUCGUCAUCCUGGUCCUGCUGAUCCUGGUCGCUCUGGCCCUCAUGUGGUGGUUCUGGCCUCUGUGCUGCAAAGUGGUCAUCAAAGACCCGCCGCCACCUCCUCCACCUUCCCGUCCUCCACCACCUGAACCGGAGGAGCUGCCCAAGAAGAAGUGGCCGACUGUGGACGCCUCGUACUACGGAGGGCGAGGAGCCGGAGGGAUCAAACGUAUGGAGGUACGCUGGGGUGAGAAGGGCUCGACGGAGGAGGGAGCCCGGCUGGAGAAAGCCAAGAACGCCGUGGUGUCCAUGCCGGAGGAGUCUGAGGAGCCCAUGAUCAACCGCUCCAAGCCCAAGUCCGCCCCGUCUUACCACCGUAACCAGAAUAAGUGGUACACCCCCAUCAAGGGUCGUCUGGACGCUUUCUGGGCUCUGCUGCAUCGACAGUACGACCGAGUGUCCCUCAUGAGACCGAACUCUGAAGACAAGCGCAGCGUCACAAAUAAUGAAGCGUCAGGAGGGGAGACGGGAGGAUCCGGAUCGACCCAGAAUAAAGCUCAGAGUGACACGGAGACGUAGCUCCACGUUUAAACCCUG